AUAUCAUAAAAUAGAUCGAAAUAAAGAGAAUUUCUUCAUUAUAAGUUUUGAUUUGAGGGUUAUACUGUUGUUUAUCUGUUCAACUUGAGAAUCUUGUUUCUAUCCGACAACAAUGUUUUAUGCCCUAUACUGUAAAAUUAGCUGAAACCCCCUGUGAAGGCAGAAGGAUUAUUAUCCGCCGGAAUCAGCCUGGGACAAAUCAAACCAACCAUUCUGGCAUAGGUCAUAAAGUGUGCAGGGCCUUUCAAAUCAAGGUCUACACACGCGUCAUGAAUUGGGUCUCAGUAGCCUUGGCUACACUAUACAUUUCAAGUGUGAUAUGUCAAGAUGAUGUUAACGAGGAGGGUUUAACCGAUCAGCAGGUUCUUUGCAAGGAUAAAGAAGCAGGAGAGCUUUUUAGAAUAACCGCAGGGGAGGAAAACUGUAGAGAUGUUAUACAGUGUACUGCAGCGGGUCUUCAAGCACUUCGUUGCCCUCCGGGUCUAGCUUUUGAUUUGGAGAAGCAGACUUGCGACUGGAAAUGGGCGGUGAAAAACUGUGAUAUGAUCACCAAGGACAGGAAGGUUCAGCCCCUGCUUAAUACACCUGAAUCACUCUGUGACGAGAACUUGCUGGCAUGUGGAGAUAGUGUCUGUAUCGAGAAGGGACUCUUCUGCAAUGGCAUCGAAGAUUGUGCCGAUGGCUCUGAUGAAAAUGCCUGUGACAUUGAAUCCGACCCCAACAGAGCUCCACCCUGUGACAAGAGUAUUUGUAAGCUCCCUGACUGCUUCUGUUCUGAGGACGGAACAGAAGUUCCGGGGGAACUUUGUCCUGAGAAUGAUAAAUGUACUAACGUACCACAAAUGAUCACUAUCACCUUUGAUGAUGCUAUUAAUAACAACAACAUUGAUCUUUACAAUGAGAUGUUUAAUAAACAACGCAAAAAUCCUAAUGGAUGUGACAUUAAGGCAACCUUCUUUGUGUCCCAUAAGUACAGUAAUUACUCUGCAGUACAGGAAAUGCACAGACUUGGACAUGAGAUUGCAUCCCAUUCCGUCACACAUAAAGAUGAUGAAGAUUUUUGGACUGAUGCAACUGUUGAUGAUUGGGCCAAAGAAAUGGCUGGGUCCAGACUUAUCAUUGAGAAGUUUUCCAACAUCACAGAUAACUCCAUUGUUGGUUUGAGAGCACCUUAUCUCAGGGUUGGUGGAAACCACCAAUUCACUAUGAUGGAAGAACAGGCUUUUCUAUAUGAUUCUUCUAUAACUGCAGCUCUUCAGAACCCUCCUCUCUGGCCCUACACUAUGUAUUUCAAGAUGCCUCACAGAUGUCAUGGUAAUCUUCAGAACUGUCCCACCAGAUCUCAUGCAGUUUGGGAGAUGGUUAUGAAUGAACUUGACAGAAGAGAAGAUCCUUCUUAUGACGAAGACAUUGCUGGAUGUGCCAUGAUUGACUCCUGCGGUACAAUUCUAACUGGGGAUCAAUUCUACAACUUUCUUACGCAUAACUUCUACCGUCACUACGACCAGAACAGAGCCCCUCUUGGACUCUUCUACCAUGCUGCCUGGCUCAAAAAUAACCCUGAAUUCCUUGAUGCUUUCCUCUACUGGAUUGAUGAGAUUAUUGAGAACCACAAGGAUGCCUACUUUGUAACAAUGACCCAGGUUAUCCAAUGGAUCCAGACCCCUGUAACUGUAGACAAAAUAGAAUCCUAUGCACCCUGGCAGGAGAAGUGCCAGCCCGAAAGAGUUGCUCCAUGCAUUGCCAACGGGUGUAAGUUGUCUACCAAGGAUCUUCCCGGGGAGGCUCUUAUUAUGCAUACAUGUGUUCGUUGUCCCAAUCAUUAUCCUUGGAUUAAUGAUCCUACUGGAGAUGGUAUUCUGUAAUUUCUCAUAUACUAGCUCAUUACAGUUCUCAAUGAUAUACCGCUUAACUUCAUUCUGCUGAUAAAAGACCCAUUUCCUGAUUUCUUUUAUCCUAUAUUAAAACUUAAAGUCUUAUGAAAACAGUUGUUAAAUGUGAUAUUGUGUUCUGACUGUGAAAAUAUAAUUUAUGACUUA